CAUUUUUCAUGUUUAAAUUCCAACUUCAAACCCAUCAUUUCUUCAACAAAACAAGCUCAACAAAAUCUUCUCCAAGAAAUUAAGAUGAAGUUAACAGUGGCCAUGACGGUGGUCUUGACGACGGUUCUUUCAGGUUUGAUCCAUGGGUACGACUGCAAGAUUGUGCAAUUCAUCUUCGGGGAUUCAUUGUCCGAUAACGGCAAUAACAAUCGGCUUACAAAGAGCUUCGCUCAGGCUGCACUUCCUUGGUAUGGCAUCGACUAUGGUAGUGGAAUGCCGAAUGGCAGGUUCACCAAUGGUCGCACCGUUUCUGACAUUAUCGGUGAUAAGAUUGGGCUUCCACGACCACCGGCGUUCUUGGAUCCGUCGUUAUCAGAAGAUGUUAUACUUGCUAACGGAGUGAACUUUGCUUCCGGAGGUGGCGGGAUCUUGAACGAAACUGGUGGUUUGUUUAUUCAAAGAUUCUCAAUGUAUAAGCAAAUCGAGUUAUUCCGAGGAGUUCAAACAUUGAUCCGAGGCUCAAUCGGCGAUAAAGAAGCAGACAAGUUUUUCCAGGAAGCAAAGUACGUAGUGGCAUUGGGUAGCAAUGAUUUCAUCAACAACUACUUGAUGCCUGUUUAUGCUGAUUCUUGGACGUAUAACGAUGACACCUUCAUCGGCUACCUAAUGGAGACUCUUGGAGAACAACUCACAGUAUUGCAUGGGAUGGGAGUUCGAGAGUUGAUGGUUUUCGGGUUAGGGCCAAUGGGUUGUAUUCCUCUUCAAAGGGUGUUGAGUACUUCUGGUGGGUGUCAAGAGAAAACAAACACACUUGCUCUUAGCUUCAACAAAGCUACAGCUAAACUCAUGGACGAUUUAUCUGCAAAACUUCCAAAUGCAUCUUACAAAUUUGGAGAUGCUUAUGAUGUCGUUAAUAAUAUCAUCACCAAUCCAAGUAAAUAUGGAUUUGACAAUGCUGAUUCGCCAUGCUGUUCAUUUGGAAGGAUUAGGCCUGCUUUGACGUGUAUUCCUGCAUCGAGAUUAUGUAAAGACAGAAGCAAGUAUUUGUUUUGGGAUGAAUACCAUCCAUCGGAUCAUGCUAAUGAGAUGAUUGCUGAUGAACUUAUAAGAAAAUUAGGGUUUAAGACUGUCAAUCAAACAAAUGGUGAUUCUCCAUCUCCGACUUCGGCUCCUGCUCCUAGUGACGAUUGAUCAAAU